AUGAGAUGGCAAACGAUUGGGAAUGAGGAGAAGAAGGCGGUGGUUCACGAAGAGGUGAAGAGGAUGAAUAAACUUCCUGCUAACAGCAUUUACGCCACCCAUCGUUUGCGAGUGCUCAACAAGAUUUUGUAG